AUGCUCUUCCUCGCCACCCUUGCGCUCCUCGCCCCCGCCCUCGCCUCCAGCAUCAAGUGGGCUGGUGCCCCUGGCGUCUGCCUCGAAUCCUUCCGUCUAGGCAACAAGGACACGCUCGUAGUUGAGGGCUGCGGUACCGGCCCCGAGCAGCAAUUUGAGCUGUCGCACGGACCGACGCGCGUCAAGAUGGCCAGCAAGGAUUUGUGUCUCGACGCCGGAGACGCCAUGUCCGAGAGGCCACCACAAAAGCGCGCACGCACGAAUAAGCAGGCCGGCGGCAAGCCGAAGCCGAACGCCAAAUCGAACGCUAAGCUGAAGCCCAAGCCCAAGCCCAAGCCGAAACAGCCCCAGCCAGCCAAGGCGAGCGCCGCCCAGCCCUCGCCGCGGAGCAAGGUCCGGCGCGCAGCGCAGAAGGCCAAACGCGCACGCUCCUCUUCCGGGUCGUUAGCAUCUGGAUCUGAGGGGACUCCAGUUGAAGAGGCUUCUCCGGAGGGGGAUGUUCUGGAGGGAGAUGCUCCGGAGGGGGAGCGGGAGGUCGCGGUCAAGGAGCCGGGAUCAGCGAGCAAGAACAGGAGGAGGCGGAAGAAGGGCAAGGUGUUCCUCGAGGACAAGGCGGGUCUUCUUGGCCUUAUCUCGGACGUGACCGACUCAAAGGCUGCCAUUGUGGAGGACAAGCUGAAGCGCGAGGCGGCGCGAGAGGCUGCCGCCACCGAGCGCGAGGAGAAGAGGGAAAGAGGGAAGAAGGGGCGUAAAGCCGACGAGAGGAAGAAGGCUCUGGACGCGGCAAAGGAGGCUAUCGUUGCGCGCGAAAAGGCCAAGAAGGCCAGGAGGCGGGAGCCUCGCCCCGCCGAGGCCGAGCCUAAGAAGCGUGUUGGUUUUGCCUAG